AUGAAUUUCCAUCGAGGAGGAAGUAAGCUUCACUAUUUAAUGGAUUGCAUUAUCAAUGCACUCAUGAAAGAUGACGUCAAGUCCUUCAAGGAGGAGGCUCCUGGAGGCUUUUAUCUGUUAUCUCCACCAUCCUACAUGGAAGAGAUAUUUCGGAACAAACCGAAUUUGGUAGCAUUUGCAUCUUACUACGGGGCAGCUAGGUGUCUUGCAUAUCUCAUAGAAAAUGGAUCAGAUCUUACUAAUCUUGAUGAACUUGGCAGAGAUGCAAUUCAUUUUGCAUGUGCUAACAAUAAAGCAGCAAUUGUAGAGAAGUUAUGCGAAUCUUAUGGUCAGCAGUACAAUCAGGACAAUCAAUUGAACACUCCAUUACAUUAUGCCGUUGAAAAUAACUCAAUCGAUGCGGUUAACGUGCUUUUGAGCUAUCAUGUCAAUGUAAACGCGCAAGAUGUAGAUGGAAUGGCUCCAUUGCACUACGUAACGAAUGAGGUUAUCGCUCAAAAACUUUUAGAUGAAAACGCAAAUAUCAACAAGAGGGCAAAUGAUGGUGCAACCCCAUUAUGCAUGGCUGCAAAACAUGGUAAUAACAAAAUUGUGAAGGUAUUGAUGAGUAAUGGCGCAAAAUUACGUAUCAAAACAAGAAAUGGAUGGACAAUCUUCCAUUUCAGUGCAUUAAGUUGCAAUGUAAAGACUACAAGACUUAUCUACAAGCAAUACAAGGAUGUUUACGACAUAGAUUAUUGUGGUCGAUCUCCAUUGCAUUAUUCAGCAGAAUCAGGUGAUGUUUUCACUACACUCUUUUUCAUUAAGCAUGGAUGUGAUCCAAAUCUCCCUGAUAAAGCCGGAAUGACGCCUCUCCAUUUUGCAGCAUCGACUGGCAACCUCGCGUCAGCAAGAUUGAUCAUUAAUCAAGGUGGAAAGGUCGAAAUGAAGGAUAAUGUCGGCCGAUCUUGCCUGCACUUCGCUGCUUUAUCAAAUGAUUCUGAGACGAUUAAGUUCUUCUCAAAUCUACUUCCCUCGGACGAUAGAACUUUACACGGUGCCAAUCCUCUUCACAUUGCAGCAGAAGGCGAUUGCGACAAGUCUAUCAAUAUGUUUUCCAAGGAAAACAUAGAUAGUGACUCAUUCUAUGGAAAGACACCACUCGCUGUUGCCGCUGAACAUGGUUCUGAAUCAGCUGUCAAAGCAUUACUUAAAUUAGGUGCUUCUAUAGCGACACCUGAUAGAUCUGGAUUCACGCCAAUAGACAAAGCUAUAAUAGGUAGUAGUGAACGCGUCGUUGAGCUUCUUUCCGACGCUGGAGCUGUUCCAUCUCCAAUGUGGUCAAGAUCAUCUUCUAGAAGCAAUUCGCAGGUAUGUUCUGCUAUAUCAUCACCUAUCCUUAGAAGUAGAAUAUCUCCUGCUAUUCUUGAUUUGCUUUCCCAAUAA